AUGGAGCAGUCCCAAUUUGAAUGCAAUGCUAUAGCUCUUCUCCGAAAAGAGCUCCGUAGAGUACUAUUUACGUAGCUAGAAAACGAAUUUACAUACAAAGAAAAGCUUCUUAAAGCUGAAAAAGAGCGCUUAGAAAGACUUACCUCUCAAUUGCUUCUCACAAAGCAGCAAAUUGACUUUUUUAUCCAAGAGACAGAAAGGGCUAUAGAAGGACUCAAAAAAACUUCACUUUCUUUUAACAAAGAUUUAUGCAGUGAGCUGAUCAGGCUAAAAAACCCAUCCUCCGCUAUUGUUAAUUUAAGUGAAAAAAUGCUGGUGAUAUUUAAUAGAAAAGAGCGGUCUUGAAGAAGCUUUAAAGUAUUUCUUAUAUUAGAGUCUAGCAAAAAACUUUACAAAUUUUUCGAAUUUAAUGAUAAAUAUAUCUCCAGAACUAAUCUCUGAAGAACAGUUGAAUGAAAUAUUGCCAAUGUGAAAGACCCAAGAGACUAUCCUUAGCAAAGUAUCUCAAAUAAGUAAAGGCGCAGGAAUUCUAGCUGAGUGAAUUGGGUUUGUGGUAGAAUUCAAGCUCAAACAAGAAACUUUGCUAGCUUCUAAAAAGAAAAUUCCUGACCUAGAAGGGAAAAUUAAAAUUCAAAUGUCAGCAAUUGCAGAGACUGAUGGAAAAAUGCAAACAGUACAAGAGAAAAUAAAAGAGUUAAAGGAAAAGCUUCAAAAAUCUAUAAGAAUUGAAGAAGACAAAGAGCCUGAAGCUAAGGGACUAUUCAGCAAGACCAGGGGUGUAUCGCAGGUCGGCGGGUAUUGGAAACAGAGAAGCCACACAGGUGAUUUGGUAGUUGACAUUAAAGGAUGCGAAAUAUAAAUAAUUAAGUUAAUUUAAGUUAAGAAGACAAAGAUAGAAUCAAGCAAACAAGUUAACUUAAUUUCUCAAAUUUAUAAUUGGGUCUCUAGAUGCGCAGCGUCGCAAUUAUUUUUUCCCCCAUCUUAUCACUACUCUCGAGCUCAUGUUGGGCUUCUAUCCGACUUUCCUCCAUCACCUGUUAAGCCUAAAUAUCUCAGUAGUGAAAGAGAUAAAACACGAUACAAAAAUUGGGCAAGUAUAAAAUUCCUCACCAUUUUCUCAUCGAUGCAUAAGUCCACGUUCAAAAACCUAAACCCUAUAAUAAUAAAAUUAGUGUGAGGGAAAAGGAAUUCGCGAAGCCAAUUACUUUUCAUCCGAAUCCAUUGCAUUAUUAUAACAAAGAUAGAAUCAACUCUAGCGACAUGAGCAUAAUUUCAAUAAAAUCUACACAUAUGAAAGUUGAGAGUCCUUCUCAUGUCCUAUUCAGUCCUCAUUUCUACCAAAAAGACGAUUUCCCAAACUUCGGGUCUGCUCAGCUCUACGGCGAUAUUUUUGUGUCCAGAUUUGGAGAAGAAGGAGAGAUGGAAAUCAAAUACGAAGGCGAAAACGAAUUAAUAGGGUGCUGUAGAACUAGAUUUUUUUGUUUUUAA